AUGUCCGAGGCCGGGUGUCUGGGUGGUCUGCCUGACGUGGCGGGGCUUUACCAGUUUGUGCCCCCCGUGAACUUUGAGGAGCAGCUCUUCGGCGACCGGAUCCAGGCCGCGGAGUUGACGCGUUCGCGAUCCUUCUUGCGGGCUGCGCCCCCCUCUGCGAGACGGACAUCCAUCUUGGAGGCCUUUGGCGGCGCCUUGCUGCCCAGCGCAGGCUUCAUCCUCUUUUUCCAGAUGUGCAAAUGGUGGCAGCGCAGGAUCAGAUCCGAGCUUUCGACCCUUCCACGGCUGCGCCAACCAGCCGCGCGCUACUUCUGCCUGCGCGUCAAGACUGUGGUAAAGGGGACGGGCGCAGCUUGCUAG